AUGGCGGAGGAUUUCGCAAGGGCGGUGGAGGAUGGGCUUAAACUGGCGAAACGGAUUUAUUUCGGAAACGACCGAGCGGUUGCGGCGCCGAGGCUAGCGGCGCCGAUGGAGAGAUCGUCGACGGCGCAGGCUUACCUUCCUUCUGCUCCGAUGGUUUACGCUGUAAUACCCGACCCGGGAAUUGUGGAUAACCCGGACCUACCUAGCUAUCAGCCUCACGUGCACGGCAGGUGCGACCCGCCGGCUCUGAUUCCUCUCCAGAUGAACGCGGUUGAGCUCGACGUCGAUUGUUACCUCGACACGGCCCUCGUCACCGUCACCGGGGUGUGGCGUGUCCACUGCGUUAUGGGGAGCAAGAGAUGCGAUUGCCGAAUCGCUAUUCCUAUGGGAGAACAGGGUUCGAUUCUAGGUGUUGAGGUUGAGAUUCUCAGGAGAUCCUACACAACGCAGCUGAUCACAGCCGAGGAUGGAAACGAAUUGGAGAAAACGGCGCAGCCUCAAAAUGGAGGGUUCUUGAAGCCAAACAUAUUCACUCUCACGAUACCGCAGGUUGAUGGAGGCACAAACCUGUCGAUCAAGAUGACAUGGUCUCAGAAGCUGACGUAUAACGAAGGGCAGUUUUUCCUCGACGUUCCUUUCAACUUCCCUGAGUAUGUCACUCCUGCUGUAAAGAAGAUCUCAAAGAGGGAGAAGAUCUACUUGAGUGUUAACGCCGGUACUGGAACACAGCUUCUCUGCAAAGGGUGCAGUCACCAACUAAAGGAAAAAAUGCGGAACGCAGGGAAGUUGAGGUUUUCAUAUGAAGCAGAUGUUUUGAAGUGGUCCAACACUGAUUUCAGCUUCUCUUAUACGGCCUCUUCAAGUAAUAUAGUUGGUGGACUUUUCCUUCAGUCUGCGCCUGUUCAAGAUGUUGAUCAGAGAGAUAUCUUUUCUUUCUAUCUUUUUCCAGGAAAGCAGCAAAAAGCUAAGGCAUUUAAGCGGGAGGUAAUUUUUGUUGUUGAUAUAAGUAAAAGCAUGAAUGGAAAACCUCUCGAGGAUGUAAACAAUGCGAUAUCGACAGCUCUAUCUAAGCUUAAUCCUGGGGAUUCCUUCAACCUUGUCACUUUCAGCGAUGAUACUUCUCUGUUUUCGACAUCAAUGGAGUUGGUUACUCCGGAUGCUGUUGAAAGAGGCGUUGAGUGGAUGAACAAGAACCUUGUUGUCGCCGAUGGUACAAACAUGCUCCCUCCCCUAGAGAAGGCUGUGGAAAUGCUUUCGAAUACUCGUGGCUCCAUACCUAUGAUCUUCUUCUUAACCGAUGGAUCCGUUGAAGAUGAGAGGCACAUUUGCGAUGCAAUGAAGAAACGUCUUGCUAGUGCUGGAUCAGUUUCUCCACGGAUACACACAUUUGGGUUAGGUGUAUUCUGCAAUCACUACUUCCUGCAAAUGCUUGCAAAUCUAUCGAGGGGGCAGCACGAAUCAGUGUACAAUACAGAUCACAUCGAGGAACGAAUUGACAAACUGUUUACAAGGGCUUUAUCAACUGUUCUUGUGAAUGUAAUUAUCGAGCCCCUGCAGAAUCUUGAUGAAGUUGAGGUAUACCCAUCACAUAUUCCGGAUCUGACGUCUGCAAGUCCAUUGAUGAUAUAUGGGAGAUACCGAGGAAAGUUCCCUGAGAAUGUGAAAGCCAAUGGUCUGCUAGGAGAUAUGAGCAGUUUUUCUGCAGACUUGACUGUACAAAGUGCAAAAGACAUGCCUCUUGAUAAAGUAUUUGCAAAGAAUGUGAUUGACUUGCUUACUGCUGUGGCAUGGUUCUCUGAAGACAAACAGCUAAAAGAGAAGAUUGCUAAACUAAGCAUCCAAACCGGCGUACCAUCUGAGUAUACUCGAAUGAUCCAAUUGGAGACCACAGAAGAAGUAUUAAAACCCAGCGACACUGGUGGAAAGAAGAAGACAGCGAGUAACGGCGAGAAACAGAAGAUGCUAUCAAGAACGAUCCCUCUGCAAAACCUCGGGAUAGGAUUUGGUGAUAAAGCAGCCACGAGAGAGAAUGUUCCACCAGGAUUUGGAGAACAGAGAGCACCUGAUGCAGCAGAGAAGUUCGUGAAGGCUGCCUCGAGCUGUUGUGUCUCCCUGUGCAACAAAUGUUGUUGCAUGUGUUGUGUCCAAUGCUGCACUAAGCUCAAUGAUCAAUGUGUCCUUGUCUUCACACAGCUCUUCACAGCGAUCGCUUGCAUCGCCUGCUUUGAAUGUUGCACAAAUGUUUGCUGUACCUGUGGAGACGACUAG